AUGAAGAAAACAAUGAAAGAUUUAGCACCCAUAGCCAUCCCUCAUGGCCCGCUUGUUGAGUCCACUGCAGAAUAUUAUAAAUCCUUAAUGGAAACUUCGCAGAUGGUCAAAAAGUAUCCAGUAUGGGACGUAGCGCGUCCAACACCGCAAGUGCUGAUGGAACAAGCUCGACGAGACCUGAUGGAAGCAGACGAAAAGCUGAUGCUUAAGAGGGACGAAGAACGUGCAAAUCGGGAAAAGAUGAAUGCUAAGUGGCAGGAUCUCCGCGAAAAAGAGAUGCUCUUAAAAGAGUCUUUUAUCAGUUUUAAUAAAUUUAUAAGGGAAAACCAAGAGAAGCGUGAACGAGCUGAUCGCAAAAUGCAUGCAGAUAACGAAGUGCUAGAGCGCAAGACUAAAGAAACUGAAGCGAUGAGGCAGAGGGUUCUGGAAAUGGAAGAAGUAAAGGCGCUGAUGGAGAAACAAGUGAAAGAUUACACUAUUUAUGAGGACUAUCUCAUGUCCGUCGUACAUAACUAUCCCGAAUUUAAGCAACCACUGGACGUACUUAAUCGAUAUGAAGCCUUAGCCGCAGCAAAAAGUACUCUCGCAGAACGUCAAGAACGAGAUCUUGAAAUGUUGGAAAGUGCUCGUCAAGAGAUAGCGGCUUUGACUGAGGAGAAGAAACUCUUUAUCAUGGGCCUGAACAACACUCUCGCGGACCUCAGAUGGAGAUAUGAUAAAGUUCGCAAUCGGGUCCUAAAAUGGGAGCUGGCACUCAAUCGUCUAAAGGAAACAGCAGCAAAAAGACACGUGGAACUUUGUCACGUCCGUUCGGCAAUAUGGAGUCUGUAUGUGAAGAUCUGCAAACAGAAAGGUCUGGCGGUGGACGUCAAACCCAAUGAUUUUGAACAACAAUUAGUGGUUAUAAUGCGAGCGUUGUUAGAGUUGAGGAGAAUUUAUAGAAUCGCGCAACGCAGGUCCAAGGAGAAGUUAUUUGCUUUAAAAAUGAAAAAAAUAUUUAUCAAAACAUCUGAAACAAAGUGUACAUUAAACAACGAGAAGGUACCAGACUUUGUCCACUUCAUGGAAAUGCCGUUGAAAUGCGUGGCAUGCUGGGAUUGGUUCAAGAAGCCAAAAAACGAACUUGAAAUUUUCUUAAACAAUAUUUACUUAAGCCUUGUUCUGUUUGUUCUAUUAAAUUUGCCACUUUCUUUAAUUGUUCAUUUAUAUACUGAAUGGACGGAUAUUAUGUCUAGUUUGGACAAAAUGGCUGACGGACUGCCGUUGCUAGCUUCUGUAUUAAUUGUGUCAUAUUUUGCAACUUACAAAGACGAGUUAUAUGAAUUGGUUGGGUACAUGAAUAAACAUUUUAAAUGGCACUCAGCUAGAGGUUUGACGAACAUGACCAUGUUGAAGAGUUAUAACACGGCCAAGAACUUUGCAUACUGGUAUACUGGCUGUACGUUAUUCAGUGUUACUAUGUACGUGAUUUUACCAGUUCUUGUGCACCGAGUUUUCUUCGCCUGUAACUCCGUAUUGCUAUGUGGCCAGUUAGAUCUGCUGUGCUGUAGUCUCCGCAACGUCAGAUACACAGCUUUACUACAGAAAGGCGUGGAACAUGGCGCCAUAGCGCGACUUUACAGCGAUAUAAAACUCGACGAGAAACAUAACUAUUUAUAUAACAGCAGUGAAAUGAACAUCUACAGUCCACAAUACGACGAGGCCACCUGCGACGCUCUGAGACAAUGUGCUCGCGUCUGUCAGAUUGUGAACCAGUUUAAGGAAAAGUUCGAAGCGUUCGUGUCGCCUCUGCUCGUGCUGCGAGUCGUGCAAGUUACACUAUACUUGUGCACUUUGCUGUAUGCCGCUACUUUAGUAAGACACGUUAAC